AGGAACAUAGGCAAGGAUGACAUUAUGGUUUAUACCGGUGACCACGACCUUUUGGAAAAUGAUACCUUUGAAGAACAGUUUGAGUUGGAGCACCUUAUUAAACAUCCUAAUUUUACAAAUUCUUCCACGGAUUUUGACAUUGCCCUGAUGAAGGUGAAACUAAACAAUGGGUAUGGAAUACAGUUUAAUGAUGAAGUACAGCCAGCCUGUCUGCCGGAUGCUAGCAUGUAUUACGAGACUGGGCUCACAUGCCACAUAUCUGGAUGGGGUAUACCGUCCUAUGACACAGAUUUCAAAGGUCAGACUGUGCUUAGCGCAGCAGAAGUUCGUUUAAUUGAUGAUGAUGACUGCAAAAGAACAUACGGUACAGAGAUAACUCCGAACAUGGUGUGUGCCGGUUAUAUGGAAGGAGGCAUCGAUGCAUGUGCUGGAGACUCAGGCGGACCUCUGGUGUGCAGCGUUGAGGGUCUUUACUACGUGAUGGGCGUAAUAUCAUGGGGAACAGGAUGUGCUUUACCAGGAUACCCAACUGUCUAUGCAAAGGUGGCGGCUUUUCAGUCCUGGAUUGAGACCACGAUUGCGUCGUAUCCAUAAAUAAAAAACGUCUUCUGCAAAGUGGCUGUACAGCAUUAGUUCUAUUUGAAGACAGAAUGUUCAUAUUGUAACAAAUAUGAAUUAGGUGAUUGCAGAAGCUUAUUUCAGUGUU